AAUCGCAGUGCGGAGGUUGGAGUCGGGGAUAUCCACCAGUUUGUCAAAGUCUACCCUCACUCCUCUGCUUAUGAGUGUGGGGAUGUGGGUGUUGAUGGAGGCGUUGUUGAGGGGAUUUCCAUUUACAAUAAUCACGUCUCCUGGUCCCAAUCCCGUAUUUGCAACUAGAGGUGAGAUGUCGGAUAUGGAGUUGUUGUGAAGCUCCAGCCGUCUCAGGUUGGUUAAUCCCUUCAGAGGUGAGAUGUCGGAUAUGGAGUUGUUAUCAAGAAGCAGAUAUUUCAGGUUGGUUAAUCCCUUCAGAGGUGAGAUGUCGGAUAUGGAGUUGUUGUGAAGCUCCAGCCGUCUCAGGUUGGUUAAUCCCUUCAGAGGUGAGAUGUCGGAUAUGAAGUUGUUGUGAAGCUCCAGCCAUGUCAGUUUGGUUGCACCUUCAAGCCCGGUCAAAUCGGUGAUGCUGGCGUUAGGGGCGAUAAGUUGGUACAAACGCUUCAUCCACUCCGUGGUGAUGGUGACACCUGACGCCUUGCCGAGAGCCUUCUCAAUCGCAGUGCGGAGGUUGGAGUCGGGGAUAUCCACCGGUUUGUCAAAGGGGUUGUCAAAGUCUACCCUCACUCCUCUGCUUAUGAGUGUGGGGAUGUGGGUGUUGAUGGAGGCGUUGUUGAGGAGAUUUCCCUCUACAAGAACCGCGUUUCCUGGUCCCAAUCCCGUAUUUGCAACUAGAGGUGAGAUGUCGGAUAUGGAGUUGUUGUUAAGAAUCAGCCAUGUCAGGCUGGUUGCAUGUUCAAGCCCGGUCAAAUCGGUGAUGCUGGCGUUAGGUGCUUCAAGUUCGUAC